AUGACGUGUUCUGAUUGGCUGUAUGAUUCCGCGUCAGUCUUCAAUUCGCGUCAAGUUGCACAAGAGCAAGUCGAGCAAGUCAAGACAAAGUUGCGGUUCUCAUCUAUGACGGAUACCAAUUGGGAAGACUUUGAUUGUCCCUUACUCGACUCACUUUUGGAUAUGGGAAAUGGUCCUGGACAAGAGUCAUUGUCCACUUCAGACUUUAUUCAAACGAGACUUUCCAAUAAUGCCAAUUUUGUCGACCCUUUUAUCACUGCAAAUAAUAGUAAACUGGAUACUGAUUUGGAUAAUACCAAGUCUGUAGAAUUUGGACUGUCUUGUGUUGCUUCGUCAAGCUCUUCAGCAUUCAUGCAUCCUGACUUGAUAUCUAGACAGAGCGGGCAGAGCCGUCUCUCCAACCUAUCAUCGGGUUUAGCUGCUGAUUUUGCUUCUAGUUUAGAUUCUAGACCUGCUAAUGAUAGUAACCCUGAAAUAGGAUCUGAAUUGAUGCUAUCUGAAGAUGGAAUGUGGCCGAUUGAAAAGAUUGCAUCUUUGGUUGGUUCAAUAUUUCCAUUCGGACCCUCUGCCAAUUCGAUUGAGCCCUUAUCUGCUUUUAAUAUGGCCGGAUUGCAACAACAAAUUCAUCAGCAACUUAACCAGAAUCAACAGUCACAACCAUCGUCGAUAUAUACAGAGGGUGUAGCUCUUGGCCAGUUUGAUGGUGUGCAAACUAGAGAUUUUCAGCAAGAUUUUGAUUCAUAUGUGUUGCCUCAACGCACGAAUAGUACAAAUGAGACCAGCAGCAAUAUAGGAACACCGCAUCGCGAUUAUAUAUCUGCAAUGGAAGAAGCAGAAUCAUCCAUGGCUUUAUCACCGUUUGCAGAGAUUGAAGAGGCAGCAGGAAGAGCAGAUUCAGAUACACCCGAGUUUAAAAAACGACGAAAAGUCGCACAGGCUUGUGUUCACUGCAAGAAAGCUCAUGUUUCGUGCGAGGUAUCGCGACCAUGUCGACGAUGUAUUAAAAAAGGCAUGUCAGAUUCAUGUGUCGAUGCACCUCGUAAGAUUGUUCCUGUUCCAUCCGUUACAAGGUCAUGUCGAACAUGUCCUAUCAAAAUUUUACCCAUGCAGAAUAUUACUGGAUCAAAUGUAGGCAGUACUCUUCAACCACCAUCUAAAUUAUCGACCACUAUUGGAUCUAGCACAUGUGUUUCAAGUCAUGCCAUUCCUUCAUCGUCAAGUACACAUACAAGAGAGCCUGAAGCGAAAUUGUCGAGAUUGGCCAUCAAGCGUUUAGGAUCGACUCCUAUCACACAUCCACCACUUUCUGCUGGCCAACACAGUUCUACAUCUGCACAUACACGAACCUAUAACCAUCAUGUCAUGCCACCUGAAAUAAAUAUUUCCUUGCAGCGACAAUUAUCACAGUCUCGACGAUUAGCCACACACGAGCAGCAACUUCCACUUUCUACUGAAAGUAACCAUAACAAUCAGCCCGAUUUAAAUGGGCAGCAAUCGCCCGCGUUAGCACCUGAUGCAAAUUCGUUAAACCUAUUACAGGAAUUGGUUAAUGCCAACUCUAAUGAUCAGCGCUGGACGCUGACACCUCAGCUAAUUACAGCCAUUCAAUCCCAUCUUUCCAUGCUCAACAUGGCAGUCAAUACGGAUUUGAACCCAAAUAAAUCUGGGUCACUAGUAAAUCACUGCAAAGAGACCAAUCCAUUAAAGCGGUGUACCUCGUGUGCACAUGGUUUGGCAUGUUCAGAUUUGGUCAAGGAAGAAGCCAAUAAAAAGUCUGAUGGAGCACAGGAUACCAUUACCAUACAUAAUAGACGAGUAUCUGCACUAAGUUUGGGAUCUCCUCAAGUCAAAACGGACAGUUCAGUAAGCAAUGCAUUGGCCUCGCCUGGAUCUACACCUGAUCUAAAGUAUGGUCAUAGCACACCAGGAACGCUUACAGCAUUGCAAUUGACGACGAAUCAAUCCAACAUUACACCCAAUUUCCACUCGACAGCUCCACUAGAAGCAGCUUUUACAGUGCAAAACAUUGAAGUGGGAGUUUCGUCGCACAUUUUGUUUCUGGUGCAGCAACUAUCGCAGAGUAAGCCAGUGCGAGCAGGAGUCCAUCCAGCACUGUUGAAUUCCCAACAAGUACACGUAAAUGACUAUCUGAUGCUGCUAUCCAAAGCCAUUCCAGCAACUCCAUCGGCAGUGUUUUCGUCGUCGGGGAUUAUCUUUACCUGUAAUGCAGCAUUUGCAAGACUGGUUCAACUGGACAUAUCUGUUCUCGUAUCUGGACGUUUCUGUAUUUUUUCGUUGGUGGACAUGCCAUCGAUGCUCAAUGUACUGGAUCUGGCAUUGAGUUUUGCAUUGAAAAAAGAAGCGCAGUCGUUUGGACGCUGCUCAGUGUUUGCAGGUGGAAAUACAGGAACGAAUCCACACCAAGCCAAUCAAGGACAGAGCCAUAAUGGACAGCGAACUUGGGUUCGUCAAUGUGCACUUGCCAUUUCGACUCUUCACGACUCUGGACUUUGGAUCGUUGCUCAAUUCAUUCCCAUGAUGUAA